CACUCAUUCCUCUCAACGCUGAGGUGUCACACGCUAAACUCUCCGGUCACAGUUGACAGCAAUGGAGGUUAGAUCGAGCAGAGGCAGAGGAGGCAGCUGGAGAAGAGGUGGCCGGGGUGGAAACGACAGCGACAGUUUUGGCGGUGAACACCGGGGCAGAGGGAGAGGAGGCCACCACCGCGGCCGGGGUAAAAGAGACCACUACCGCGGGCGAGGACGCGGGGGAGGCGCCCCUGCUCCGUUCCAUCACCGGGAUCAAGAUGAAGGGGACAACCUUCAGGAGGAAGAUGACAGGAUGGAGGUUUUCUCCAGGAGGAAACUGGAGUCAAACUGGGACCGUUAUAAGGACUCAGAGAAGCAGGAGCCUGAAGAUGACACGCCCACUCAGAGAGGAGCAGACUACCACGUCCUGCUGGAGUCAGCAGGAGAUUCCUUCACUCAGUUCCGGUUUUCAGAGGAAAAGGACUGGGAGAUGGAUUCAUUUACAGCCAGUCAGAUGUCUGCAGUGUUUGUGGACCUCCCAGCGCUCGCCCAGAGCCUCCAACAAGUGCCUCUCCACCUGAGACUCAACCUGGAGGCCGAGCUGGUUCAGGUCUCGACACCAGUGGAGCUGCCGUCUAUGACCCUCGCACCCAAACAGGAGAUAUCCAAAACAGCCACGCUGACUCCUCCGCCUGCUGCUUUAAAAGACCUCAACACCAACCAGAAAGUCCCCGCGGCUCCAAAACCAGCGUUGGUCCCAGACUCACAGGUUUCCUCGAGCGCUGCAGAGCCGCCGGUGGAUGAUGACGAUGAAGAGCUGGACCAGCUGCUCAGUUUACAGAAACCAGUCUUGGGUGUUUCAGGAAGCCAGUGUGACAGUGUCGCAGACGAGGAGAGUGCAGUUCCAGAGAAAGCGUGUGAGGAAGUGAAGGAGGUGGUACUGGAGGUGAUAGGAGAGAAGAUGGAGGAGGUGAAAGACAAAGACGUCACACCUCGCAAGUGUGCUUCCGUCAGGAAGGAAGUGACAGAGGAGGACCUGGAGGACUGGCUCGACAGCAUGAUCUCCUGACCAUCAGCCACCAAGGAAAGACAGAAGACUUGUAUAUAAUGGAAACUGGACUUUGAGUUCCCUUCUUCAACUUCCGUCCUUUAAAAAUUUAAUCUGAACUGUGAAACAUUCAACCUGAAAGCCGAUUGCAAACUUUACAUGCUGGACAGACAGUCGUAAAAAGGACGAUAGUUUUCUUUCACGCUGGCCUCCACUUUUUUUGCUUAUUAAAUAAAUGGUUGUCAAGUUACUUUAGAGGUGUAGAGACGGGACAGUACGUCUCGAACAUUUGUGAGAAUGUGUCAUGAUGUUCCCUCUGUACUUCAUGUUUCAGAGAAAUGAUUCUCUGUUCCUUGUGAAAGUUACACACCACAGGAGUGUCGCCAUCAGAGGGAUCCUCAGCUGCUGAAAGGGACGGACAACACGUCUGAUUUAUUGCGUCAAUUACUUUAUUCAUUUCCUCCCCCUCAUCAAAAGAAAUGCGGUUUACCAAAGCUACUACAUACAUAUAAAUGGCCAUACAAUAGCAGUUUGUCGUCAAUAAAUCCUUGAACCAAGUUGGGUUUUUUUUUUCAUUUUGUUGUGGGGCUCUUCUACUGUGGAAAGAAGUGCAGGCGGGCAGGACACCACAGCUUCGAAACAAAACCAAACUAAGCAACAUUUACACAAGGAUCAUCUAGAUUUUAUACAACAAAUGUUUUCUCUUUUUUUAUGUAUUUAAAAGCCACAAAACUAGCUCAAGCUAAAUCUCUUUAUAACUAAUCCAGAACUAGAACGCACUGCUCGUGUUGGGAGGAACAAAAAUGAUUCUCUAUUUUUUAUUUUUUUUUGCAUAGUUUCUCAUAAGGCACGUCGGCACUUGAUAAACACCUAAAGUGAGUCGUCUCUGGUCCUGGAAGAACCAUCUUCUGUAACUCUUCAUUUCUUUUGACAGAUUUGAAAGGCAGAUCAGGUCUCACUCUCACGUCAUUUGAAUGUUGAACUGGAUCAACAGUGAUCAAUACUAGCAGCACACAUCCAUUCGGUUGGUUCGGUAAUAAGUGACACAAACAUCCUGGCGUUAAUCUAGAAAUUGUGCAUAUUCAGACAUUCAGUUGUCAUGCUGUAACCCUUCACAUGUAUCAAAUGUCUACACACAACAAAUUGUGCAACAGGUUGGGGUUAAGCAAGUGAAAAGGCAAUGUGAAUCAACAGAAGAAUUUGCAUAAAAGAGGCGUUGUGGCAAAGUGACUAUUUUCGGUAACGAGGAAGAGGACUUGGAUGCAUAAACCCAAAAUGUCCAAUCAGUUUUGUCUUUAAAAUAAUUUUCUUGAAAUUAUGUUUUGUAUAUCUGAAUUCAACAUGAAUGUUUUUGUUUUUCUUCACAUUUUUUUUUUUUUUUUUUUUUUU